GUUUUCAACACACUGUUAGAUUUACAAAGAAAUAAUUCUACAUAGAAAAGGAAUUGCUCUCAUUUUAAUUUCUUCCUUUAUUUGGAAUGGCUACUCUUUGGCGAGUGUGGAUUGUUUUAUUGUUGGGCAUUAUUUAUUGUUACGGAAAACAGUGCAAUCCCAAUUGUAAUAUUGGGGAAUGUAACGCUAAGGGCUACUGUACAUAUGGAUGUAAAGAGGAAUAUUGGGGAGAUACGUGUGCACACUUAUGCCCAUCGACUUGCCGCUUUUCCUGUGAGAGAAGUGGCUUAUGUAUUUGGGGUAUAUGUCAAUUUCAUUAUACUGGAAAGAGAUGCGAGAAAAGGUUAUGCCCAACUUGCAAAGAAAGAAGUUGUGCCCACAAAACCGGGUUAUGCAGAAAAGGUUGUAUAGACGGUUAUUAUGGACCUUACUGUGAAAAAUCGUGUGGUAGGGGAUGCAUUAAUUACAGGUGUUACCAGUCAACUGGAAUUUGCAAAGAAGGAUGCUUACCAAACUUUAAAGAAAAUAAGUGUGACAGUUGUUUAUCACCACAUCAUGGUUUUAAUUGCUUUGAAAGAUACUGUAGUGCCAAUUGUUACAUGUAUACAUGUAACAGUAAUGGGUACUGUGAUAAAGGUUGUGUGGAUGGGUAUUUUGGGGAUUACUGUGACAAGACCUGUAGCUCUUCCUGCCGCAUUUCCUGCGAUAGAGAAACCGGUGACUGCAUUGCAGGAUGCCUUAACGGUUAUUACGGUAAUCAGUGUCAGCUGCCUUGUAAUGCUAACUGUGAAAAUCUGUCGUGCAGCAAGAACAACGGAUCCUGUGACAAUGGGUGUGUGGAUCUAAAAUUUGGAGAGGGGUGUCAAAACGAUUGUAGUCCUGGCUGUAAUAUUACUUGUGAUAGACACAUGGGAAACUGCACUUGCAAAGAGGGAUGGCAGGGGGACAAAUGUACAAACUGUAGUCCUGACUUCUAUCAAGUGUAA